UAAUUGUGGGAUAUAUUUUUUUCCUUUGAGGAGGUUUGUGAAAGAACGAAGAAAAAAGAAGAGAAGAAAAACGAGCGAAAAUCUUUCAUUAUUUUUUUCCAGGAAAUUUUGGAUUGUGAAUUUUUUAUCUGGAAAGGCGAAAAUAUUCUUUAACGAUUUUCAUUCGACUCAGAUCUAGGGUUCUUUUUUCGUGUUCUUGUUCAUCCUGAUUAUCGCAGAUUGUUUUCCGAGACGAUUCUUUUUGUGGUCUUUGAUUUGGAUCGAUUUUUCAAUUUUGGUUGAUUGGAUGAUGGUUUUUCUUUCUUGACGGAAAUUGAUUUUGAUGGUGGAUUUGAGAGGCGCAGAUGGAAAGGGGGCGGAUGAACGGAAAUGGGAAUUGUGAUUAUAGUUAUGAAAGCAAUGGUUAUCAUUCGUUAGAUCUAGUGGAUGUCUAUGGAGACAGCACGCUUGAUAGAAGAAGCUCUGGGAAGACGUCGCAGGUUGCAUCUUCUUCGAAUUGCAUCGUGCAUCCGGUUUCUAAAUUAGAUACUCUUGCUGGAGUUGCAAUCAAGUAUGGUGUUGAGGUUGCAGAUAUAAAGAAGAUGAAUGGGCUAGUCACAGACUUUCAAAUGUUUGCUCUUAAAUCUCUGCAGAUACCUCUUCCUGGAAGGCAUCCUCCAUCUCCUUGUCUAUUAGAAGGUCUAAACACUCCAGGACAGAGCAGCUCCGAAAAGACUCCAAGUCAACUUCUUUCAUCGGAAUUCUUCGAAUCUUUCCAGUCCCUCAAAUUGAAGUCUUCCGAUCAAAGGGUGUCCCCAGCCAUGAGCUCUUUACAAGGUUACUAUGGGCUUAAACCAUCCGAUCAGAAGAGCAGAAUUGACGGUUUCGAGAUGGCAGUGUACAGAAGCGGAGUCUCCCAUUAUUUAGAAGACGAGCCUGUCUCUGGGACCCCACAGCAUUCGGAUUUACUAACACAUCACCAUCGAAAAUCCAAGAGCUUAGUGAACGGAUUUCUGGGUGAGAAAGGAGAGUCAGGCGAUCCGCAAUCUGCAGAAGCCGGGGACGGAGAUCCGAAAUGGAGUGAUAAAUUGAUCAGAAGGCGCCAGAAAUCUGUGGCUGACUUUUCGAAUUCUCCCGAAAUGCUCUUGAAAGAUGACAACAGCAGUGGUGGUAGUAAUGGCUUCUCAUCGUCAGCUGGAAAAGGCUUAUUGGCUCAAAGACCCAAAACUUCUAGUAGAACUAAUUUGGCGAGCGACAAUGAAGUCGGAUUGAUUCCAAUUCCAAUUGGUCUGGGGGAUUCGUUUGUGGCUGCCGAUGGGUUUGCUGCAUUCAGGAAGUCGUCAAGUACAUCAAGUUUGCCAGAUCAAGAAAAUGGCAUCACUUCAUCAAUCUGGUCUCAGGCAAUUUCAACUGCUUCGAGACCGAUAUUUGAUGGCUUCCCAAAGCCUUUGACAGGUCGAAGAAACAAAGCUGCACUUGAUUAGCUCCAUCUGAAUUUAAAAAAGAAAAAGAAAAAAGAAGGGGGAUAAAUUUUCUACCAACUCUUGAUCCGUUAUUUAUCAGAGGUUUGAAUAUGCCGUCUUUUAUAGUUUUAAGAAAGAAUACAACUAUAGAAGAAUUUUUUUUAAAAAGUCAAAUCACAGGUCCAUUUUGGUUUCGAAUUAUUAGUUCCUUAAAGAUAGAGAGAUUGUUUUUGAGAACACAACACAACAGUGAAUUGAUGGAAGAACACAUGCCAUCACGUGCUCACGUCUGUUAUUUUGUAGGAAAUGUAUAUUAGUUAAAUAUGGGUCAACUCAGUCGAAACUUUGAAAGGAAAACAAUUUUUUUUAAAAGCGUGAUGUGUUCAGUUUAAUGUAUUAGUUGAUACUUUUUUGCUAUUUCCCUUCCGAUUUGUUGAAGAUUAUUAUAAUACUACUUUACUUUUCACUA